AUGGACACCCACCAACCAUAUACAGAUACGCAGAGGAGAAGUACGAGCGGAAGACGGACGGAGAAAGUGGUCGACCAUCCGUCCGUCCGUCCAUCCAUCCGAUUAGGAUGUCUGGGUUUCUGUUCGGUGGAUAAGCCCGGACGGGGAAGACGUUAUACAGCCCCACGGAAGCCCCAAAAGGAGAGAGAGAGAGAGAGAGAGAAAAAGAGGAAUAGCCCCCCGUCGGUCCGUACGUACGUGGGCCUGGAAUGGAGGCAGAGCGUUGCGCUUGGGCUUGGGGUCCCGCUAACGAGGAGGGAAGGAGGGGUUAGGAGGGAGGGCUUGAGGACGACCGUGGGGCAUGUCGGGUCGGGACACAAACCUGCUCUCUCCUGCACCGGCGGGCCCGCGUUCUCGGCGCCAAGUGGGGCCGGGUUUGGGAGCGAGUCAGUGUGA